AUGUCCUCUAUUAACAGAUCACAAAUCGAGUCUAGACAAACUUCGAGCUCUAAGCUCGUUUUCUGUCACUUCAUGAUUGGAGUCGUAUCGGAUAGAACCAGCUCAGCCGACUUUGACGCAGACAUGCAGCGUGCCAAAUCCCUCGGAAUCGAUGCAUUCGCGCUCAACAUCGGCACUGACUCCUACACCGACACUCAACUCGGCUACGCCUACGAAUCUGCCGCCAACAAUGACAUGUCCGUCUUCAUAUCCUUUGAUUUCAACUGGUGGGACCCUGCCAGUGAUGCUGCCGCCGUUGGUGCGAAAAUUGCCCAGUAUGCAGGUCUACCAGCUCAACUCCAUGUCGACGUCGAUGGGACGAGCUACGUCUUCGCCUCUUCAUUCGCAGGCGAUGGACUUGAUAUAACCACGUUAAGAUCAACAGCUUCUGGGGACGGGUUUCCUGACGUUUAUUUUGCACCGAAUUUCCAUCCUGGGGUGGGCGAUUUGAGUGUCAUCGACGGUGCACUCAAUUGGCUAGCUUGGGAGAACGAUGGCGAUAAUAAAGCGCCUCAGGGGGGUGUUGUAGUCACUGUAACUGAGGGAGACCAGGAAUACGACAGUGCUCUCUCCACUUCUCAGGGGUAUAUCGCUCCUGCAUCCGCAUGGUUUUCCACUCACUUUGGACCAGAGGUCACUUAUAGUAAAAAUUGGGUAUUUCCGAGCGACUUGUUGUGGUACAUGAGAUGGCUGGAAAUUCUUGAACUGCAGCCUCCUUAUGUUGAAAUCAUAACUUGGAAUGACUAUGGCGAAAGCCAUUACAUUGGUCCACUGUCUUCCCCUCACACCGACGACGGAAGUUCUAAAUGGGUGAAUGAUAUGCCCCACGAUGGCUGGCUCGACAUGGCAAAACCCUUCAUUUCAGCGUACAAAGCAGGAGCGUCCUCUCCUAACAGCUACAUUACAUCUGAUGAGAUUAUUUACUGGUACCGCAUUACACCAAAAGACCUCGACUGUGAUUCCACCGACACCACUAUGGUCGCUGCAAACAAUGACACCGGCAACUAUUUUGAAGGAAGACCAGAUGGAUACGACACCCUAGCUGAUGACGUUUUCGUCGUUCCUUUAUUGACCGCUGCAGGCACGAUCACCGUCAACACGGGUGCGAUGGAAUACACAAUCGAUGCGCCUGCUGGUGCUUCUGCGUUUUCCGUCCCGUUCGAGGUUGGUGCUCAGAGCUUUACCCUUGCUCGGAAUGGGGCUGAGGUAAUGAGCGCUACGAGCCUGAAAGUGAUCCAGGAUACGUGCCCUUGCGGAAUAUACAAUUUUAAUGCGUAUGUUGGGACUGUACCGGAGGGAACGAGGGAUGUACUUGGUGCGGACGGUUUGACGUUGUUGACAAAUGGCUUGAAGGUAGCUUGUGAUCCGACGCCCUCCCUCCCUGCUACUCCUCCUGCUUCUACUGCUGCGACAGCAACAAGCUCAGCCACAGCCGCACCCACUUCCCCUGCGGUCUGA